UACUGUGUGAGGCAAAAACCUGCACAUGGAAUAUGCCGGCUGCUACUUUCCCCUCUCUUUCUCUGAUCCUUCUUUGAUUAUUCUUCUCCCAUGACCCAGCUUGUUGCAAACUCAAAAUUGAAUACGAAAAUAAAUAUACAUCCAAUCCAACUGCAUAUAUAAGUCUCCAAGACCAAUUCUGAUCAUCCACUUUAAUUUCUUCACUCAUAGAUCAUAUAUAUCACUAAGAUUCAACAUGAAGCACACUUUAGCAAGGUCAGCUACACGAGCUCUGUUUAACAGCGCAGCAAGACACCAACAUGGUGGCGGCGCGUGUGGAAGCCUCUUCUGGCGGAGGAUGUCGACUCUGCCGGAGGUAAAGGAUCACCAGUCAGAGGAGAAGAAGAGCGAGGUCAACCGCAACGACAGCAGCAACAACACUGUGGUUCCUAGUUACUGGGGGAUCACUAGGCCUAAGGUUCGCAGGGAGGAUGGAACAGAGUGGCCAUGGAACUGUUUCUCGCCUUGGGACAGUUACCGUGCAGAUGUAUCAAUAGACGUGACCAAGCAUCACUUGCCAAAGACAGUUACCGAUAAGGUUGCUUUCAGGGCUGUCAAAUUUCUAAGGGUUCUCUCUGAUUUGUACUUCAAGGAGCGGUACGGGUGCCACGCGAUGAUGCUGGAAACAAUUGCGGCUGUCCCCGGAAUGGUGGGAGGGAUGCUGCUGCACCUGAAGUCACUUCGCAAGUUCCAACACAGCGGUGGCUGGAUCAAAGCACUUCUUGAGGAAGCAGAGAAUGAGAGGAUGCACCUGAUGACAAUGACAGAGCUCGUGAAGCCAAGCUGGCACGAGAGGCUGUUGGUUAUCACUGCUCAGGGAGUUUUCUUCAACUUCUUCUUCGUGUUCUACCUCCUCUCCCCAAAAGCGGCGCAUAGAUUCGUUGGUUAUUUGGAAGAAGAGGCUGUGAUUUCGUACACAGAUCAUCUGAAUGCGAUUGAGAGAGGCGAGGUUGAGAAUGUGCCUGCUCCUGCCAUUGCAAUUGACUACUGGAGGCUUCCUAAAGAUGCAACUCUUAAGGAUGUUGUCACUGUUAUUCGUGCUGAUGAGGCUCACCAUAGGGAUGUUAAUCACUUUGCUUCUGAUAUUCACCAUCAAGGGAAAGAAUUGAAGGAGGCUCCAGCUCCUGUUGGUUAUCAUUGAGUCAUUGAUUUUGUAUUUUGACAAAAGAAUGUCGAGGAUUACUUGUAUAAUUUAUUUAUUUGUGCCUGAUGUCAUUCAGGGUUAGAUGUAUAAUAUCGGAGUAUCAAAUUUAUGGUAUAUAGAUUGUGGAAUAAUUAGUGGAUGUUGAAUAAUUUAUAGUAUGAAUGUAUGGACAUGACAGUUAUAACAUAACAUGAAUAAUUUCUUUGCAA